AUGCAGCAGCUGCGGAAUUAUUUCGACCAAUUCACCCGUUCAGAACCAGCAAUGGAUCCGCAGGCACUCAGACCGAAGGUAAAAUCCGCAGAGAUUAGAUUGAGAGAAGCUCUGGACCACACAAGCCUGCAGCAGCCUGUGGCGCUGCUUGACUUGCAGCACAUACUCGUUCAGCUGCAGACCUGCAGUGACGUGGAGCUGACGUCAUCUGGCGUGACACAGCUGAGGCGCGCCCUAGAUUCCUUCUUCAGCGAUGCUCAACAAUCACCUGACGUUUCACCUGAGGCUUUUGCAGCGAUGAAAGAUCUGGCUGAUCUGGUAGGCCCAUUGAAAUCCGACGCCACUCUUCCCACUGCCGCUGCCUCCUUCCUCCAGCAGACCACCCGGCUGCUGAGCAACAGCAUCGCCUCUUCCAACCUCGAGAAACGGCUAGCUGAGCUUCAGAAACGGCUGGGGGAAAUUGUCGAGUCUAGACAGGGUGUAGCGACGCCAGGAGUGGCUGAGCUGUACGAGCAGCUGAUUGGUGUGAUUCUGCAGACACAGGACGUGGCGAGCCUUGCCAAGGAGUAUAACUGGGAUUUUGACACGUAUCUGUAUGAUGACCUGCCAGCUGCCAUGCAGUAUGUGCGGAAAUGGUCCCGGCCGCAUGAUGGGAAGAUCCUGGCCGUUGGUCAUUCCAUGGGAGGGAUUCUGCUGUACUCGCGAAUGGCUGCUCUCGGUCCAGAUGCGGGUCUGUUGGGGGUGGUGACGGUGGCAUCGUCACUCGAAUACUGGAUGGCCAACUCCAGCUUGAAGCUGCUACGCCCACUCUCUGGCCCUGCGCGGGCGCUCAACUUCCCAGUCAUCCCGGUGGCAGUGCUGGCGCGAGCAGCGCUACCUCUCAUGACCCAGCCGCCCUUCACACUGGCGUGGGUGGCGCACCAGGUGUCAGCCCGUGAUGCCAUGGACCCUCAGCUCUUUCAAAAGCUCAUGCAGCACAACUUCUGCACCAUCCCCGUGAAGCUCCUGCUGCAAAUGGAGUCCAUCUUCACGCCAGGCGGGCUGCGCAGUCGCAGCGGGUCAAUCUCGUAUCUCAAGGGGCUGAGGGACUGCUACACGCCCGUGCUCGCCCUUGCUGGCGACUCCGACGGUGUCUGCCCACCCCUCCUUGUUACGGAAACUCUGAAGGCCAUCCCAUCUUCCAACGUUGAGUACCGGUUGUUUGGAGGGUCGGACAACCGUCGCUACGGGCACUACGACAUGCUAGUGGGCAAACAUGCACCAGAGGAAGUGUACCCACCCGCUUCCGGUCCAUCCUUCGCUCUGUUGCGCCUGCUCCAUCACAAGAGGACCAGCGCUAUCGUGCUUCUUAGGUUUCGGGUUAGAAAGGCACUGUUGCAGCCGCCUUGUCCCUGCCGGAGUGACAAGCCUUCCCACUUGACCGGCGAAGGCAACGCCAGCUCUACAGGACCGGGGGCGAUGCCGCCAAGGCCAGUAGACACAGCCUCUGCAGCUCCACCAGCACCGCUUGCCAUGGCAUCUCAAGCCCCAGCAGCACCAACAGCCACAGCUGCUGCUCCCACCGCGCCAGACAGCAUUCCCAGGCCUCCUCCAAAGCCGUAUGAGUCUGCUGCCGCACCAGGAAGCAGCCCUGCCAGCGUUUCCGAGCCUUUCGUCCCGAAGCAGCCGGUUCGGGAGGACAUGGUUCGGCAGGCCGUGAGCUUCCUCUCCAACCCUAAGGUCCGGAGCUCCCCGGUUCGGUUCCGCCGAGCCUUUCUGGAGCGCAAGGGCAUGUCAGCUGAGGAGAUUGAUGAAGCCUUCAGACGCUGCCCUGACCCCUCAACAGGGUCAGAGGACGUGGAGGUGGUCUCGUCUUCCCAGCCCCUGCCUGCUGCUCGCAAGACCCCUGCUCCCACCACCGCUGCUGCUGCAGAGCCACCUGCCGCUGCCGCUCCCCCUCCUCCUGCUGCUGCUGCUGUUGCUCCUGGUCCGCAGCAGCAGGCACAGGCGCAGCAGGCGUUUUCAUGGUCCAAGCUGGCAGUGGCUCUGGCUGUUGUGGGGGCGGGCACUGCCGGAACAGCUGCCGUUGCAAAGCGCCGAGGCAAACAGGCAGCGAAAAAGAGCAGCAAGGGGAAGAAGGCGAGCAGGCGGCAAGGGCAGGGUACUGAUCCAGACAAGCCUGAGGAGGAACGGGAGGAUGGGAAGGAGGAGGUAGAGGCAGAGGAGGAGGGGAGCAGUGACAGCAGCAGCAGCUCCAGCAGUCGCAGUGAGUCAGAGAGCGAGUCAGAGACAGGGGAUUCAGAGAGCGAAGAGGAGAGGGGGAAGGGGAGGAGGGGGAAAGGAAGGCACAGUAGAGGGAGGAAAGGGAGGAGGGGAGGCAGGAGGGGGGGAGGCAGCAAGGAUGGGUCCCAGGCGGCGUUGCUGCGGGCAUUGGAAGCCAUGACUGCAGAGGUGCAGCAGCUCAAGGCCGCCAACGCUGCUGGUGCUGCCGGUGCCGGUCCCUAUUCCGCCCAGCCGUGGCGACCGUCUAGUGCCCCCGCGCCCUCUUCCCCCUCUGCUGCUCUGGGCGCCGGUGGCAGUAGCACUGCCACUCCUGGUGCGCCUGGUGUCGGAUCAGCUAAUGCAGGGGCAUCUAACGGCCCUCCCCAUCCCAAGUCCUUUUACGAGGUGAUGGAAAUGGUGAAGCGGGGAGAAACGCCUCCAGGAAUCAAGGACAUCAACGACAAGCCCCCCAAUCCCGAGCAGCCCCCUACAGACUCCCGCCUGACGCGCCCUCUCAAGCCAUACCCUUACGGACCUAGUCAGCCUUACACAGCCAGCCAGCCGUACCAAACCAGUGCCCCAUACACGAGCAACCAGUCGUACCAAGCCAAGCAGCCUUACCAAACCAACCAGCCAUACCAGCAGCAGCAGCAGCAGCAGCAGCAGUUUGGGCACCCGUCUGCUUACAACCAGGGUGCCAUGGGUUCAGCUUAUGGGGCUACUAACGGGGGUGACUAUAACGGAGGGAUGGGCUAUGCUGGUGUGAGUGGUGGUGCUGGUAACGGCUCUGUGGAUGAGGCUCCCUGGUCCCGCCGCCCGCCUGCCACGUCAUCAUCAGCUGCUGCUGCUGACUCAGCAGCCGCAGCUGCUGCCUCUGGAAUGUUCUCCAAUUCUCCCUGUGGAGAAGCAUCAGGGGGUGCAGCCGUGGAGACAGAAGUGGGAGCAACAGUGGGUAUCUCAGGUGGCUCAUCAGGUGUCCCAUCAGGUGUCCCAUCAGGUGUCCCAUCAGGUGGACCAUCAGGGGACGCAUCAGGUGGAGGGGGGUGGAGGCCACCAGCACUUCUGAAGCCGGUGCUGCCAGAAGCAGCCACAGCCAUCCGCCAGUGGCCUGCUGCUAGAGCACCCAACUACUGGGGCGGCGCUUCCGCCUCCUCCCCUGCUGACGCCCCCGCUGCUGAUUCCCUUGCUGCUGAUGGUACCACUGCAUGUGCUGCAGUAGAGGCUGCUGCACCGUCUGUAAUGGCUCCUCCUGCGGCUACAGCAUCAGUGAUUGAUGUUCCCCCUGGGCCUGCUUUGGUGCUGGGAGGGAUGCAAUCCAGCAAUGGCAUUGGUGAGGUGGAGGUGGGUGGGAGUGCAGCAGCAGCAUCCGACGGAGUGAAUGCAGCGCCAGAGGUGUAG